GAAGACUGUUGAGAUUCAGAUGAAGGUUUUGUGCAUGUCACUACUCACCUUGCUUGGAAGUUUGGCUUGAAUUUGUUAUGAAUGAAGAAAUCCGCAAUGAGAUCGACAUAAAGCCGGUGAUAUUUCGUGAUGGAGAUUCGUAACUCCGGCUGACUUUUCUAACUAACAGCUUAGCUGCAGUAGCUCUAAGUAUUUAACUAUCAAAAUAAGACACUACUUAACUCUAUAAUUUACAGUCUGUCGAUGAACUCAAAUGUAUUUUCCUGGAACUCAUCUGCAAGAAUGGAUGUUUGAAUUUUAUGGCCAGAAUUUUGCUUUCAAACUCGUCUUUAAAAACUACUGAAACUUCUCUUCCUGAUCUCUGAGAGGCCUGUCCUGUCUCCUCCUGAGGGGCUGUUACCAUGGCAUCGGCCAAUCUGAAGUACCUUUCUCUGGGAGUUCUAGUGUUCCAGACCACCUCCCUGGUGCUGACCAUGCGGUACUCGCGUACCCUACAGGGCGAUGGGCCGCGUUACCUGGCAUCCUCUGCUGUGGUGGUGGCCGAACUUCUCAAGAUUCUCACAUGCGUGGGGCUUGUCUUCAAGGAAAACAGUUACAGUGCCCGUGCGUUUAGCAGUAUUCUGAGACAGGAGAUUCUUCAGAAGCCUACAGAGUUGCUGAAGCUGGCGAUUCCUUCAGGAAUCUACACGCUGCAGAAUAACCUGCUCUACCUAGCUCUAUCUAACCUUGAUGCUGCUACAUACCAAGUGACAUACCAGUUAAAGAUCCUGACCACUGCUCUGUUCUCAGUGUCUAUGCUGGACCGUAGGCUUGGGGUGUACCAGUGGCUGUCUCUACUCAUUCUCAUGACUGGGGUUGCACUUGUACAGUGGCCAGUAGACUCCCCAUCAGACCCUAAGAAAGAGCAUAUGACUGCAAGCUCACAGUUUGUGGGGCUGGUGGCUGUGUCGGUAGCCUGUUGCUCCAGUGGGUUUGCUGGAGUCUACUUUGAGAAGAUCCUUAAAGAGACCAAACAGAGUGUUUGGGUCCGGAAUAUCCAACUGGGCAUGUUUGGUCUGGUUUUCGGGAUCUUUGGAAUGUUGGCCUAUGAUGGUGCCAGAGUCCGAGAAAUUGGAAUGUUUCAGGGCUACAACACUCUCACCUGGAUUGUGGUCGCUCUUCAGGCUCUUGGAGGGCUGGUGAUAGCGGCUGUCAUCAAGUAUGCAGACAACAUACUAAAAGGCUUUGCUACAUCACUCUCAAUUAUCCUCUCCACAUUAAUUUCAUAUUUUUGGCUCGAGGACUUUGAGCCUACCAGUGUGUUCUUCCUCGGCACAAUGUUUGUCAUAGUGGCAACAUUUCUCUAUGGUUAUGAGGGCAAGCCGGCUCCCAACCCAAGCAAAGCAUGAAAGAGAGGGAAUGAAAAAGGGAUGCGUAAUGUAAAAGUGGAGCAGAACAAAAGGAUGAAACAAGUGGAAGGACAGAGAAGAGAGGAGGUAUAGAGAGGGGGAAAAUGUAUUGAUUCAAGGUUGGAUCAGUAGGCUAGGCCACUGCUAUGCUGUGCUGAGCUAAAGCACACUGCGUGAGAUGCUCUGGGCCUGAAGGAGAGCCCGAUUAUGCCUUUUGAGUUACAAUAAAACUCUCUUUUAGAGUAAAAAGCAUACUCUUAUCAAUGGGUGAUGGAUAAAACCCUUUCCAAACGUGCCAUACUCUUUCAAAUCUUUUUUUUUUGGACAAUCAGGACUCAAACCUUUCUGAGAAUUGUAGCACAGAACUCCAUUCCAUAUCCAUUCCGAAGAGUUUGGCUUUUCUCAUUUGUCAUGAAUCGUUUGAUGUAUGUUCAUUUCUGUCGGGUGAUGGCUGCUUUCGGAUCGCUUCAGUGGCUCGCCGUAAUUCACCACAAAUUAAACUUGAAUCUUGCAAAAACUUUUGUUUUGUGGAAUUUAGGUUGAUGAAAGGUGCAUUGCAUUACUGUGCUAAAAGGAAUAUUUUGUAGUUGACCCAAAAAUGUAUAUUCUGUCAUAAUUCUUUACCCUUCAUUUUCCAAACCUGUACGACUUUCCUCUGUGGAACAUGAUAGGAGAUGUUAGGCAGAAUGUUAGCCUCAGUCACCAUUGACUGUCAUUGGAUAUACUUUUCAUAUAAUGAAAGUGAAUGGUGACUGAUACUAACAUUCUGCCUAAUAUCUGCCUUAUGCGAUGCGACAAAAGCAAAUCGCUCCCAUUAUAAUCAAUGAUGCUGUCUACGCUGGAUGUGCCGUGUCUCGCUGAGAGUAAACGGAUAUACUGUACUAUUUUGCCAACAAGACAGAUUUAACACAUCCAGUUUAGACAGCAUCAGGGUGUUGCGACGUGACAUCACUCACGUCCGUUGUAGAUGGGAUGGAAGGAAGAAAGUCAUACAGGUAUGGAACAACAUGGGGGUAAAUUAAUAAUGACUGAUUUUUAUUUUUGGGUCAGCUAUCCCUUUAAGUCCCGAAAAGAAGCUUUUAAUGUUAUUUUUAAUUGAUUGGGUUGCUGAUUUAGUGUUGGUGCUGUAGAAAUGAAGGCGAUAAAUAAUGGAUCUUUUGUGAAUAUCAUGUAAACCUUUGAUGUAAUAACGAUACUGAUGCUAAUAAUGCUAGCCAGACAAUUUGAGGAAUUACUCCACUGUCAUCAUUACAGAUUAUUUUACGUAUUACCUCUGUCACCAGGCAACUAAGAAUACUUGAGUUACUCCAUUAUAUAUGCAAGGAAGUGCAGUUUUAGCUACUUUGCACAAUGUGUGAAACUAUGUUAGUCACUGCUGAAGAGUAAUAUAAUAUAAAAAGGUGUUUAAUUAUCAGUUUGUUUCAAACAUUACACACUUUCACCAGGGCAGCACAAAACUUAAACAGGCUUGGCUUUUUUCAAAAAAGUGUAAUUACUGUAAAACAAUGCAUGCAAUCACAGCUUGAAAAAAACUGCUUAAAAAGGCAGUUGGUUCAGCUUUCCUAUGUUUGUUUGAUCAGUCAUUAAGCUCUAGUUAGUCUUUCAGGAAUUCAAACCACACUGUGAACCUCACAAACAAUAAACUUCUACCAUGA